AUGAGUCAACCUCCUGGUUUUAUUGAUCCAAGGCAUCAAGAGCCUGGUUUGACAGAUAAUAUUAUUAUAACAGGAAGUAAUCCAUCAUAUGUCUCAAAAUUGGUUCUACAACUUGGAAAGAAAUUUAUUAUGAAAGAUCUUGGUCCUCUACACUUCUUUCUAGGAGUAGAGGUCAAGUAUUUUGCAGGAGGAAUUCACUUGAGUCAGAGUAAAUAUGCUGCUGAGUUACUGGAUAAGACUGAUAUGACUUUGGCAAAGGCUAUUGCUACUCUUUUGGCUAAAAAACAUGGUUUACAUGGAGCUAUGGGAAAUUUUGUAGAUGCCUCUCUAUACAGAAUGAUAGUAGGGAGUCUUUAG